AUGCUUACUGGUCGUCGUCUAGUAGUAGACUCUUCUCGGGCCCUACGGUCCCUUCGAUUUUCCAGUACAUCCACGACCUCUGACAAGUACAAAAUUGUCGUGGUUGGGGCUGGCAACGGUGGUUUGUCCGUGGCGAACCAAAUUUAUGACCGGUUCGCAGCAGCGGGCAAGUCCCUCAAUCCCGGAGACAUCGCCAUCAUAGAUUCUGCUGAAUAUCACUACUAUCAGGUGUGUGUGACUUUAGUAGGCUCUGGGCUGCGUUCCAAGUCAACUACACGCCAACCCCUUGAGUCCUUAAUUCCCAAACAUUUGACACACAUCUCGGAGAAUGUGAAGACUUUUCUCCCCGAGUCGUCUUCCAUCACGACAACGUCGGGUCGUAGCGUGUCGUAUGAUGCUCUCGUUGUGGCUACCGGUCUUCAAACCAAUUGGAGCGGUAUUCAGGGUUUACCGCAAGCGCUGGUCGACUCUUCCUCAGGCGUUUCCUCUAUAUAUUCUUACGACACGUGUGAUAAAGUUUGGAAUGAUAUUGAAAGUCUGCGGAAUGGGAACGCGAUCUUCACUCAGCCUGCUGGAGUGGUGAAGUGUGCUGGAGCACCUCAAAAGAUUAUGUGGAUGGCUCUGGAUCGCUUCAAAAGAACUUCCCGAGCAGACAAGAUCAAGGUGAACUUCUACACCGGCAUGCCCACCAUGUUUAGUGUAAAAAAGUACUCGGACGUUCUGGAUCGUCUUCGCCAAGAUCGGGGUGUCGGGGGAUACUUUCAGCAUAACCUCAUCUCCAUCGAUUCCCCAAACCACAAAGCUACUUUCAAAAAGGCGGACGGUACGACUGUAGACGUAGAUUACACCACUUUACAUGUUACUCCCCCCAUGGGCCCUCUUGAUUUCCUGAAAGGCUCUCCCAUUGUUGAUUCUGCUGGCUGGGUGUCAGUGGACCCCGCCACUCUUCAACAUACUAAACCCGAGUACAACAACAUCUUCGCCCUUGGAGAUUGCUCUUCAGCUCCUACGUCGAAAACCGCAACUGCUGUCAUUGCUCAAGCGCCAGUCCUGACAGAGAAUUUGUUCUCCGUGAUGGAUACCGGCAAAGUCUCCACUGCAAAAUAUGAUGGAUACACUAGUUGUCCUCUCCUCACUGGAUACGGUGAACUCUUGCUUGCCGAGUUCAAAUAUGGUUUAGAACCGAAAGAAACCUUCCCAUGGAUGGACCAAUCAAAGCCCAAUCGGUUCUUCUAUCAUCUCAAGAAGGAUUUGUUCCCUGCUGCGUAUUGGAACCUCAUGGUUAAAGGGAAGUGGUACGGUAACAAGACAAUCUUCAGACCUUCCUUCUCUUCUUAACCUUCGAGUACAUUGCAAAUAUUUGAAUGGCAUCCCUCAUUCCCAAGCUAUUAUUGUUCUUGGUACUUUCGUCAGGAUCACCGAUUGGCUCGAUCGCAGUAAAUCACAAUCUCAGCUCCGAUUGUCGAGGAGCCUCUGCAUUCCCCAGCAUCAGCUGAGGACGCGACGGUACGUUAUGUAAUAUCCGUGUCGGUAGAUGACUUCCGCGAGAUACGACACGGGUUUGAAGUAACACCGUUAAAUAAAUCCGUUGUUCGAAUUCAGACCAUUAAUUCGCAAAUGAAAUUUUUAAAAAACAGAAAGAACAAGUUGGGAACAAGAAGAAUACAUAUUUGUUUUGAGGCCGUGUCGACAUUGAGAUCGCUUUAUCAUUUACCCUUAUUCACAAUCUAAUAACAAGAGGGUGCGACUAGGUGCGGUAAAACAAAGUUAAGUACGUAUAGUCAAAGAGUCAUUUUGAACAUUGGGGUCGGACAUACAAAUUACA